AUGUUUGCUCCCCUUCGCGUCGUGACGCACCUCCAUCAUGGCGGCUGCGCACUCAUUUUGGCGCGAACCGCCGGCAUCAUGGCGUCCGUGCUCUGCGAACUUUGCCUCCGACAUGCCAACCACACGCUCAUCCGCCUCCUCUUUUCCCAGCUGGAAUGCCUCAGGAAGCGCUGGGAAGGGCUUGUGCAUGUCUCGGAGCUGCAAAAGGAAGGACGAGUGGCAGACGUGUCCGCCGUCAGCAGAGGACAAACAGUCAAGGUCAAAGUGCUGUCCUUGAGAGGAAGCAAGGCCAGUCUCAGCAUGAAGGAUGUAGACCAGGAAACCGGGGAGGACCUCAACCCCGACCGGAGGAGGAACGUUGAAGUUGAAGACGUUGGUGAUGCUGCCAUGAGGAACCCUGACUUCCCGGUGGAAGCACAGCUGCUGGAAGCAGAAGAAAACACAAGCGAACGCAAAAGGAUGGCAAAGAUAACAGACCUGGAAAAGUGGGAAAUAAAACAGUUUGAGUGUGACACUGAGGAGUCAUCGUGUGACCGUGCCUCAGACGAGGACGUGGAGAUUGACCUGGUGGAGGAGGAGCCCCCCUUCCUGCGAGGGCAGACCAAGUGGAGCGCCAGCAUGAGUCCUGUCAAGAUUGUCAAGAAUCCAGACGGCUCCCUGUCCCAGGCAGCCAUGAUGCAGGGCGCCCUGGCCAAAGAGAGACGGGAGCUCAAGCAGGCAGCUCGCGCAGCCGAGAUGGACGCCAUCCCGACGGGCCUCCACAAGAACUGGAUCGACCCCAUGCCGGACUGUGAGGAUGCGGACUUGAUGCCUGAAGGACACGCAGCAGGAAUUCCAUCUCACCUCCCCUCCUCUCCGCAGAUGAUGGUCUGGAAGAAGUACGCCUUUGGAGGGAAUCAAGUGUCCUACGGAAAGAAGACAGAGAUGUCCAUCCUACGGCAGAGACACAGUCUUCCUAUCUUCAAGCUAAAGGAGCAGCUGGUCCAGUGUUAUCGCAUCUGGGGCCAGAAGGUGAACGAGUCAUCGCCCACUUCAGUCCUGUCUUCAACAAAAGUGAGCGUUGUUACUGUGUGA